AUGUCAGCUACAGCACCGUUGCUGGAUCAAGACGAGGAUCACAGACCCAGCGAUGUUGAGCGAUUGGCUCCUCCGCGGCCUCCGUUGCGGCGGUUUCACACUGAUCCGGCGAAGAGGGAUGUGAAUCGGAGCAAGGUGGUGAUUGUGAGUGUUGCGCUCGUGUUGGUGCUGGUCACCUUUACUGUGCAAACUGAGCUUGCUGCUUAUAUCCAAGCGGAUCUUGGCUGGUCCAAGCCGUUCAUGAUGAUGUACGUUACGCAUUCAUCCUGGAUACUCCUCUUCCCUCUACAACUCCUCCACGUCCGCCUACGACAACCUUCGGUCCGCUUUCGGGUGCUGUACCGAGCGCACGUCCACUCAUUGAUCACCACUGCGCAGUCGAUCCAUGAUCGAUACGUUGCGUCGACGCAAAGCCUAGCAUACAACGCGACGAUAGUGACCUUAUGGUUGGCUCUAUCGCUGAAUGUUGCCGCGUCGACGUGGUAUGUCGCGGUAAAUCUUACAACACCAAGCGACCUGAGCGCUAUCUAUAACGCCUCAGCAUUUUUCGCAUAUGCCUGGAGUGUCAUCCUUCUCGGAGAAGCAGUCCGAUGGGAUAAAGUCGGUGCAGUCAUCUUGAGUGUUGUCGGCGUCGUGAUCGUCGCGUAUGGCGGAGUGCAAGAUCAUACACCCGGGCACGAGGUUGAGGCGAGUAACAGGCUUAUUGGGAAUGUUAUCAUUGCGAUUGGGAGUGUAGGAUAUGGGCUAUAUGAAGUCCUGUAUAAGCGAAUGGCAUGCCCGCCGGCGGAUAUGGAACCUACGCCCCGUGAUUCUAUCUACUUUUCGAACGCCGUAGCCGCAAGUAUCGGACUGGCGACUCUUCUCACUCUCUGGAUUACUCUCCCGUUCUUCCACUACUUGGGAGUAGAGAUCUUCGAAUGGCCUUCGAAGCAGGUAUGGGUGUGUCUUGUGAUCUCAAUGGUGGCGAACUUUGUGUUCACAGCAGCGUUCUUGACGAUGGUCAGUCUGACAAACCCAGUGUUGAGCUCUGUCGCUGCAUUACUGUCUAUCUUCGUUAUCGCACUGACGGAUAUGGUUAUUACGGGAAAGCCACUGACCCGGAAUGCUUUGCUCGGUGGCUUCCUGAUCAUCGUUGCUUUCGGUGUCUUGGCGGCAGCGACAUGGCGAGAACUGACGGAGCAAGAGGAAGGGAGUGAGGGUAGCGAUGAAUAG